AUACUCGGACUUGGACACGACCUGCUGGCAUGGCCGCAUUCUACAUACUUCUCUCAUGUUUACUUUAUGUCUUUCUAGUGGCCGUUAGCGAGGUGGACGCGACUGCAUUGACGACGGCAAUAGGGCCCAACGAACGAUUAUGCUUUUACACUGAUGUGGAUAAAGCGGGAGAGAAGAUUGGCUUUUACUUUGCAGUUCAAUCUGGAGGCUCCUUCGAUAUCGACUUCGAAGUCAAGGAUCCCAAUGACAAAGUUCUCCUCGAUGGCGUCCGUGAACGACAAGGAGACUACGUUCUCACGGCGAAUACUAUUGGGGAAUACGCGUUUUGCUUCGAGAACGAUAUGUCAACUCUGACAGAGAAGCUUAUUGACUUCGAUAUCAUGGUCGAAAGCGAACCGAGACGAGAUCCGCCAGCGAAGCCAGGGCAGAUUGCGGAACAGACGAGCGCGUUGGAGGAGAGUAUAUUCAAGCUUAAUGGCAUGUUGCUUAAUAUUAAGCGGACACAGAAAUACUUUCACACCCGCGAGAACCGAGGAUUUGAUACUGUCAAAUCGACUAUGAAUCGGCUCUUCUGGUAUGCCCUGCUAGAAUCCUUAGGAGUCGUAGGGAUGGCUAUUCUUCAGGUAUAUAUCCUGCAGACAUUCUUCACAAAAACAGGCAGAAAGUACAAAGUGUAAUUUAUUACCUGGGUAUCAUUCAUCACCGUUUACUUUCGCCACACAUCGCGCUUCCAAUACCUCUGAUAAUUCCUACAGUAUUUGCCGGUAUGUAUACAAGAUGGGUCUAUUUGUGAAAUGUUCUUCCGCGCACAUCGCUUUGUCUCCUGUAGUCUUCUCAAGUCUGGAUCUUCAUAUGCACGCUCUUCGCCCUGGUC